AUGAGUGGUGAUAGGUUUGAGUGUGUUAUCCAUCAUGGGGGUGGAUUUGGUGAGUAUAACAAAUAUGGUUACAAUGGUUUAGAGGAGAUUUGGCACGUUGACCCGGAUUUUUGGAGUUAUUUUGAGAUUCUAGGUGGGUUGAAAAAUUUAGGGUACCUAAAAGUUGAGAGCCUGUGGUAUUAUGAUGCAAUAGAUGAUAAUGAGCUAGUGAUGUUGCAAGGUGACGCAGGAGAAAAUAGAAUGAAGACCAUUGCUCUGAUCAAUGGGAAUGUUCAUCUCUAUGUGAUGCAUCUAGUUUAUGGGGAAGAGCAAAUAUUGCCUCUUGAGACUAAUGUAGGUCCAAAUGGUGAAAACAAUGUAGGUCCAAAUACUGUAGAAGACGACGGUUAG